AUGUCUGCGAUGCUUACGCCAGAAACUCCUCUACACACCGCUGCCAACGAAGAGCUAGAUAUCAAUGACGUCAAUGAGCUGGAUGAGAGCGAUAUUCAAGGGCUUGAUUUAGAAGAGGAACGCGAUUCCAGUACAAGCGCUGUUAGCCAUCAACCUGCACCGAAACGAGAAAGAGUGAAUGAAGAUUUCGAGACCACUUUCGAUCCGCACGAUGACUUCAGACCUCGUGUAAAUAUCGGGUCACCUUUUUCCUCCGGAGUCGAUAUGCAUAAAUAUGCACAUCGUGCCGAACAUGUUAAUCAACGUGCACUGUCAAUGUCACAACAGUCAAAAUUUAUAUCCUACUGUGAUGAAAAGUUGAUGGCAAUUCAAAGAAAGUUUGUGCAGUCUCGAGGAUUGAACGAACAAUAUGGUUACCACGGCCUAGGUCCGCUACUGCAAGACCUCAAAACGGUACUGGAUUUCAUAUGGUUUUCCAUUGAAGGUCUGACCAACACAGAGCUACUGCUAAAGACGGACGUGAAUGCUAUGAGCCGCGAACAGUUUGCAGGCACGAAAUCCACGAGUUUUGGCCAGGUUUACUACCUCAUACGUGUAGCGGACGAUUUUUUGGAUUAUUUAACGAAGUUCGAUAUGCGUAACAUGAGUAGCGAUGAGCAGCACAAGACUCUUUCUAAGGCAUUCAAGUUUAUCAUAAUCUUGGAUGUGUCAUUUGCACGCCUUCUGGAAGGUCUGGUACCAGGUAAUACCAGGCUGAACGCUACUGAGACUGUGAGGAUUGCAGGUAUUGCAGAGCGCACAAGAACUGCUGUUCCUCGUUUCCUAGAAGAGCAGCAAAUACAUGGGUAUCAUUACGAGGUAAGUAAAAUUUACGAGGAAACGCUGGAAAAAUGUGCUUAA